CUCCGCCGCUCGAAGUGUAUAGAAAGAGAGGGUGGUGGGCGUAAGGCUGCUCGCGUAAGCUCUCCAAUUGGUAUUUACUGCAAAGGCAAACUUCCCUCCAAUCAGAGGGGCAACGGAAACUUUGAGGUUUCGGGUAGUCGUCGCCCUCGUUCGUUUUCUAUUUUUGAUGCUUGGUCUGAGAAAAAUCCGAUGUACUCGCUUUUGUUUGUAUGCUAAUAAUUUCUUUUUCACGCGGCGAUGCUUUUGUUCAUAGUCGGGGUUAUAUAGCGAGGAUGCUGCUUACCCGGGGCUAUCUCAGUUUGCAGAGACCCGAGGAGAUAUAACUGCAGUGCAAUGAGUCGUCUGGAUGUAAUUUAUCAUCAGGGUUAUGGAGCCCAUCCUUAUCUACCGGCGACAUCAGCCGCUGCGGCAGCGGUAGCGUACAAAGCCGCGUAUUUCCACCGCCAACAGCAACAGCAGAGGAAGCUGUGCUCCUACAGCAGGAUGCAGGACUCUGUGGACGGGGGUGUGCAGGCCAGGCAGACGCAGACCCUGCCUAGGGAGCAGGAGGAGAGGAGGGGCGGGGAGGAGGGCCCCCAGCCCAAGGAGACGCACCCUGCCGAGGCGGAGUACCUGAGCUCCAGGUGUGUCCUCUUCACCUACUUCCAGGGGGACAUCGGGGAUGUGGUGGACGAGCACUUCUCCCGAGCACUGAGCCAGACCAGCGCGACCCGAGGCCCAGCCAGAGGGCUGUGGAGAGAUGGAGGAGCUCUAGCCUCAGGACAGUGCAGCGGUUUCCCAUCAGCCCUCUGGGGUGGCGGAUACCCCUCCCAGGCCAGCCCUCGCCUCUCCUCGCUGCACCCCGAAUUCUCCCCCAGCGCGGCGGCCUUUCAGGCCUCAGACCCUGCAGCCUGGGCCCCCGAACCCUGGCCCUACCCCCUGGGGUCUCAGAGCGCCGGGGGUUACGCUCACGUGCACGAGCUCUACCCCCACGUGCACGCCCGCCACGCCCACCAUCACAUGCUCCACCACGCUCACACCCACAGCCCUGCCCUGGACGCUCGGUUUGGCUCGCUGCUCCUGCCCGGCAUGCGCCCGUCCGGAAGCCCCGCCCCCCAAGGCGAGGGGGGGCGGAGCGAGCCAGAUACCGCCACGCACGGCUGGCCCGCCUCCUUUCAUGGGUCAGUGGAUGUUUACGAGUCGGCUCUGGAUCAGGAGAAAGGGAAGACACCUGUCUGGUUCUGAGCAGAAAGUGAAGGCACCUGUCUGGUUCUGGAAGGUUCUGGACUUGCUGCAUCGUUAUGGACAAGUUCUUGUGUGGAGAAGACCCACGAUCCACUGUGUGGAGUUCGCUCCGGGAAAAAAAGCUGCCGCUUUCCUGGUAAUUCACUCAGGAAGGGGGGGAAACUCGGAGCACUGGCAGUGCGAUGUCUUUGGGCAGCAGCAGUGUUUCGCUAAAGCAAACAGGGCUGUCUAAGCCUCAGUUCCCCAGCCUGUCCUCCGGAGCGGCACAGUUAAUGGAAAUCAGGGGGGAGUGACCGCCAUUUUGUGCCAAGGAGAAAGCUCUCACAAGAGGAAUGCCUAAACUGUAAAUAUAUUAUGUAUAUUUAAAAUGUUUACCUUUGUGUUCUUGAGGUCCAUCUUGACUGAAUGUGAGUCUGUUGUUCUCUGUUCUUAAAUAGUUCUGUUUAAAGAACUGUUCAAGUCUGUAUGUCACAGUGUGGUCCCUGUGCUUUUAUUUUGCAUGCAAAUAAAGAUUUUUGUUGUUUAUCUUACGCUGUGGUUUCAACCAAUAGUUUAUAUUUUUCUGAUUAUAAUUUGUCCUGUUUGUUUCUGGGCUUCAGUGAACUGGGAAAGCUUUUGUUUAUGUGAUGUUCAUUUUACUCUUAUGGGUGGAAGCAAUGCGACUUUAAAUUGCUAAGUUCUGUUGGCAAGUAUUAUAAUGUAAAUUGCAUUUAGAGCUGAUGGAAUCUGGAUAUUAAACAUGCUGACUUUAGUCAAA